UGACCGUAAAAUUGAGUACUCUCUUGAUAUAAUUUUUAUGAAGAGAAUAUAACAUGACGUCGCGAGCAUAGCGAUUGUAUGUGAUCUUUGGUAUACUGUUCUCAUGUUAGGUUGGUUUAGUCAUAACUUUUGUCAUAGACUUAUAUAUAAUCUUUCUGACAACGGCAGCCUGUUGAGCAUCUUCCGGUUGUAAAGGCAUAACACUUCACAGUGCUGGAUGUCUAAAAAUGUAAGCAGUGAAACAGCAGCGAGGAAACGAAAGUUACCUUCGUGGUUAAUAGCUGGUUACCAAAAUGAUGAAGCUAACCCACGGUCAUUUGCCUGUCUCCAAAAACAGCAGGAAGCAAAGCUACCAUUUCUGAAGUUUCCAGGAAACAUAAUAUAUUCGCACAAUGAAAGCGAUUGCAAUAGUUUGUGUGAAAACAUCAGACAGGAAGUAGAGAGGCUGCCUGAAGCCCGGCCUGCAGGAGUUGAUAUUGAGUGGCCAGUGUCUUACAACAGAGGCCAGCAGGAUAAAACUGCUGUCUUACAGAUUUGCACGUCACUAGAUACCUGCUUUGUAUUUCACCUUUCUUGCAUGCAAGGACUGUCAACAGAACUAAGAAAAUUGCUAGACUGUGACAAGUUGAUUAAAGUAGGGUUGGGCAUACAUGGUGACUUGUGGAAGCUGGAAAGAGAUUUUGAUCUGUCUGCUAAACGCAUAAUAGAAUCCAGUACCACAGAUCUGACAACGUUUGCUAAUACGGUUUUGAACAGCGCAGAGAACUGGAGUUUAGACAGACUGUCACAACACGUGUUAAAAAGGAGACUGGUGAAGGAUUCUGAUGUUAGGAUGAGUGACUGGCGAGGUUUUCCCCUGUCAAGCACACAGCUGAGUUAUGCUGCCAUCGAUGCUUAUGCAUCUUUGCUAAUCUAUUUGGAGUUGCAGAAGAUGGAAAAGAGUAACGGAAGUCAUUGACUUACAACAGUGUGAGGCAAGUCACAGCGUGGAUUCCUUGGAUUUUCUUUGGUUCUGGGAGUAACACUUCCUAAUGCAUGUUUAAUCAUUCCUUUAUGUAUUACUGAUUAAAUGUGAUGGUUUCUUUCAUAAUCAA